AUGCAUCGUCUUUUUGCUGAGCUGGAGCCAUCUUUAAUCGUCACAGAGCAAAACCUGGCAGACCGAGUUCGGUAUAUCUUGCGCUCAAAUAUAUUUGAUGUCGCCGAACUCGAACGGCUACGACGUGAGGCUGUUCCCUCGUCGGAUGAGAAUGCUACGGCUGAGGAUGCGGCUCCACAAAUGGUAGAGCAACCCGCAAACGUGGAUGCCGCCGUGAAUACCUCAGUUGUGGUUGAUUCAAACGAUGAUGGAACAGUCGCCCAGGAACUGGAAUUAGAGCAUAUGAGGAGUAUAUUGGAAGAGGCGAUUGUGGAAACGCGCAGUACGCCUCUCGAAAAUCGACCGCGACUUCCCCGCAUAGCCCUAAGCAAGCGGAAUCGGACUGUCGUGAGGGCUCUGAACCCAAUGCUGGUUACCUAUUUGGAAGCCAGCCGGGACCUUUGCGAGACGGACUCAAUUCUUUUUGGCGCCGCGUGGCCGUCUGCCGUAUCAUAG